UGAAGUUUUUGUAGAGCUGCAUCAUACUCCAAUCAACCUUUAGAACAGUGACUUCAACUACUCUUCUUCAAUUAUCAACUUGGUAGUCAUAUUUUACAUCCGGCGGAUUCGAGGGUUGAGUGCGUCUGCGCAGGAAAGGGGAACGUACCAAGCUUUUUUGUGGAUUGGAAAUUUUGAAAGAAUUGUUUCUGGGUUAACGGCAUCGUAUGGUAGUCAAAAUGUAGGACCAUAUGUCAAUGUGUAUGUAAUUUAUAUUUAUAACAGUAGAUUGCAGUGGUAGAAGUACUUCCGUUCAGUAUAUUGAAUGGUGCAGCUACUUUUAGGCGUAAACCCUGUUUCCAGAAAAAGAUUAUCCUGGUUCACAGCAUCGAGCAGUGUCUUAACGUUCUGUAGGUUGUAUUAUCAAGGAAAUGAAAGCAGGCAUUACUGGGAUCUUUAGAUCAGAGCUCAGAUGCAGGGUGCAAAAUCUUGAAAACUGUUUCUGGAACUUAAGAUGCUGUGCAGGAGAAAAUCUGUGAGGAUACGAGUUCCUGUUACUGACCUAUUUACUUGAAAUUUCCUUUAAAUCUUUAACAUUCACUUAUCUGCUGUUGGAGUCAAUGCAGGUGUACAACCUUUGAAGAUCUGGCCUCAAUGAAACUGUUUCUGUGUUGGAUCUUUUGUUACUGUGCAUCACUAAUCUUGUUUAAGAAAAUGUGGACUGCCCAGUAUUUAAGGCCUGUAACCAGAUACCUUUACCAUAAUGUGCUGAACCUUCGUGAAAAUUCAUCAAACUGUAGGGCAUAUCAGUGGUAUAUGUGUAACAAUGAAAACCUUUGUGAGCUUCUCCAGACUGUCUUUGUCCAGAGUUACCUUGAUUCAGGGACACAGGCCUUCUUAGACCAGAGUGCUGAGAAAUCAAGAUGGAUUUUAACCCAGCUCUAUCACUCUCUUGUAUCAACGAUCUUUAGCUCAUUCAUGUCCAAAACCACUAUUAAUGGCUGGUUAGGAAGAGGUGCAAUGUUUGUUUUUUCACAUGAGCAGUUUCUACAGCUUCUGAAGAUUGAUCCAAACUGGAGGUCUCAUAGACUUCUAGAUCUAGGAGCUGGAGAUGGAGGAGUCACCCAGAUCAUGGCUUUUCACUUUGAAGAAGUCUAUGUAACUGAAGUGUCUCCAACAAUGGUAUGGCACCUUCAGAGAAAACAGUAUCGGGUACUUGGAAUUAAUGAAUGGCAAAAUGUUGGAGUCAGGUACAAUGUUAUUAGUUGCUUGAAUUUGUUGGAUCGCUGUGAUCACCCUAUGACAUUACUGAAAACAAUGAAAAAUGUACUGGAGCCAACAAGUGGCCGAGUGAUUCUUGCUGUUGUUUUGCCCUUUUGUCCUUACAUAGAAAGUGGCGGUAAAUGGGAAAAACCUCUUGAGUCCCUGGAAGUGAAUGGUUACACGUGGGAAGAACAGGUGAACUACUUCACCACCCAUGUCUUCCCUGAAGCUGGUUUUGCCGUUGAAGCUCUUACUAAGUUGCCUUAUUUGUGUGAGGGGGACAUGUAUAAUGAUUACUACGUACUACACGAUGCUGUCUUUGUUCUCCGACCACUGUGAAGUUUCACACUAGUAAAGCUUCCGUGCCAAGACUGGUUUACAGGAGUAGGCUAUUUGUAUGGUACCCGGCUGUAGAAUAAUUCACAGUUGGUCAAAAAUGCAUUCCUUCAGAUCUGCCACCAUAAUGCUGAUUACAAGUAAAGGGGUACAAAGGCUGACGCAACCUGCAUAUUGCUGUGAUGGUGGGGGAGUUUACAUACAUACAAAAGCAAAGUUUGAAUUUGUCUUUCACACAGAAACAGAAAUUGAUGACAUGCAUACCUUGUGGAUUUUCUCAAUCCUUGGUACACUAAGGACAUUUAUGGAAUAAUAAUAUGGAUUAUUAAAUCAAAGUAAUCAGUAACUCCUAUAUAGUCAUGUCUAAAAUGAUAAGUUCCUCAUUAGGUUAUAUGAUCUCUGUUAGCUCUGUGGCAUUCUAAGGACAUUUUUGAAAACUAUGUAUCAUUAAAUCAGAGCUGUGACACAAAUGUAACUUGAUUAACGUGAUUGUUUUAUUAUACCAUAUGAUACCAGUAACAAUCACAGUAAAUUAUAUUUUCUUUUAUUUAAA